CAACAGAACAARGAGUGACCUUAUAAUCAUUACUCGCACUAACUGCUUAUUGAUUCCCUUACCAUAUUGUCUACUGUAACACAAGUUACUUGAAGUACGUCACUAAAUAUUAUAAUACAGCAUUUUCAGUUUUGACCAAUGGAAUUCCCUGCCGUGAUAAUCGUGGUGUCUUUGGCUGUGAUGGUCAGAGGAGAUAGUCACGUGACUGCAGUGUGUCACAUGGAACAAAAUAAACAACUCUCUGGUUCAUCAUCACCAAAAGUGACWGGAAAAGUUACCCUAGUCCAGCAGACCAUAGGAGGUCCAACACAAAUCACGGUAGACUUAAAGGGCCUAACGACGAACAGUGUGCAUGGGUUUCACAUUCACAAUUCUGGUGACAUCAUAUCAAGGGGUUGUCAAAGUUGCGGUCCGCAUUACCGUCCCGACGGUACCCAGCAUGCUGCACCACGUGAUCAAAAACGACAUAUUGGUGAUCUUGGAAACGUCAUGUCCAAUUCCAAAGGAGAAAUCAAGACAGCAUUCAUAGACUACUUGGUCUCGUUACACGGGAACGAUUCUGUUAUUGGGCGCUCAAUAGUGAUACAUGCCUUGCGUGAUGACCUUGGGGGGGCGAGGUAA